AUGUCAUGUAAAAUCAGUCAAUUUAGUCAUAUUACAAUUAAUUCCCGCGUGUCAACUUGUCAGAUAACUGCUCAAUGUCUCGUUAUACCGAAGAUAACAAAGGAUCUGCCUGGAGUGAUGAUCGAUGUCAAAUCACUUGCAAUUCCCAGUACAAUUAAGUUAGCCGAUCCACAAUUUUCCAAUCCAGGCCAGAUUGACAUGUUGUUGGGCGGAGAAUUCUUCCUACAAUUACUUGAUCAAGGAAAGAUUGACCUGGGGACGAAUUUGCCAAGCCUGCAGAAUACUAAAUUCGGGUGGAUCAUUUCAGGUCCAAUUCCACUGAAUGUAAAUACAAGUCGAGUGAUGAGUCUGCCGACUAUCACUGCCCUGACUUGUCUUUAUGAUCAAGGAGAAAACGUGAACGAUCAAUUAACAAGGUUCUGGGAGAUUGACGAGUGUAAGGACAGCAGUCACUCACAUCUGUCCAACGAGGAACGACAGUGCGAGAAUUUGUUUCAAGCAACCACGUCACGUGAUCAGAACGGCAGAUUCAUCGUUCGACUUCCUUUUCGCGAGAACAAGGCUCUAUUGGGAGAAUCACGAACGAUUGCCGAGAAACGUCUAAUUCAUCUCGAGCGUAAAUUGAAGGUCAACGAGCGAUUUCGCGAAUCCUAUGUCGCGUUCAUGAUCAAAUACAUUAAAUUGGGACAUAUGUCUGCCGUGUUAUCACAUUGCGAACAAACUCAUUUCAAUAUCUAUCUGCCACAUCACGGUGUGGUUCAAGAAUCUCAGGGUGAUUCAAAAUUGCGAGUCGUUUUUGACGCGUCCGCAAAAACUAGUUCAAGCGUGUCAUUAAAUGAGACUCUGAUGAUAGGCGCGACGUUACAGAUCUGUUUGACAUUGUUUUAA